AUGGCGUUAGCUGAAGCUGAAGUUUCAGGAAUUACUACAAAUGUAUACAACCACGUAAUUGUUUUUGUAUUUCAGGUGCGUAUAGCAGCAAAAUUCAUAAUUCAUGCUCCUCCUGGAGAAUUCAAUGAGGUGUUCAACGAUGUUCGGUUGCUGCUUAAUAAUGACAAUCUUCUCAGGGAAGGAGCAGCCCAUGCAUUUGCACAGUACAACUUGGACCAGUUUACUCCAGUAAAAAUUGACGGUUAUGAUGAACAGGUUUUGAUAACGGAACAUGGUGAUUUGGGAAAUGGAAAAUUUUUGGAUCCCAAGAACAAGAUUUCUUUUAAAUUUGAUCACUUAAGAAAGGAGGCUACUGAUCCUAGACCCCACGAAGUUGAAAAUGCCAUAGAAUCCUGGAGAAAUUCAGUUGAAACAGCAAUGAAAGCAUAUGUGAAAGAACACUACCCAAAUGGUGUCUGCACAGUGUAUGGUAAAACAAUUGAUGGACAGCAGACUAUUAUUGCUUGCAUAGAAAGCCAUCAGUUCCAAGCAAAAAAUUUUUGGAAUGGCCGUUGGAGGUCAGAAUGGAAAUUUACAAUCACCCCUUCAACCACUCAAGUGGCUGGCAUCUUGAAAAUUCAGGUUCACUAUUAUGAAGAUGGUAAUGUUCAGCUGGUGAGCCAUAAAGACAUACAAGAUUCUCUAACAGUGUCUAAUGAAGCCCAGACAGCAAAGGAAUUUAUAAAAAUCGUAGAGGCUGCAGAGAAUGAGUAUCAGACUGCUAUCAGUGAGAAUUACCAGACUAUGUCGGACACUACUUUCAAGGCCUUACGUCGACAGUUGCCAGUUACCCGCACCAAGAUUGACUGGAACAAGAUCCUUAGCUAUAAGAUUGGAAAAGAGAUGCAGAAUGCUUAAAGUGAACAUUGCAUGACUGGAUCAUUUUAGUGUCCUUGUAUACAAAUAAAAAUUAUUACAAAAAGUAUUCGGAACUGUCAAAAUCACCCAGUCAGCAUGGGCUUUUGCCAUUGAAAAUCACUGUAAGUAGUUAGAGCACAAAGCUUAGCUAAUUGACUUUUUUCCUUUUCCUUUCUUUUCAGAGGAUUGCAACUUCAGUAUAGCUGAAUAUCUUCCUUUAGAGUUUCUGUUGUACCUUUAUUUUUUUAUAAUGAAGAGACCAUGCCUUUAGUUUUCACUUACACUUUAAGAAACAGUUUAAAAAAUAUUUUUGCAUAUGAUAACCCUUUCUCUUGCUUUCAUGUGAAGUGGACAACUUCCAAAAUUUGCUGGAUUCCUUGUGGAGAUCAGUAAUGUGAAUUUGUAGGUCAAGGUCAACAUGGAGUUAGCUAUAGGUGCUGUUUUUGAAAUCAUCUAUUCUUUCAUCAUAUGUAAAAUUGGGAAGAGUAUUUUCUGUAUCAUUAAAACCUUUCGGAAUACUUAUUUAACUAGCUCCAUGGUAACAAGUUUUGUGUUUUGUUUUUUUUUAAGGAAAAGGCCAAGGUCUAAUGCUGUUUUAAGAUUCUGAGAUUAAAUAAAAGUACUUAUUUCAGAAAUGCAUUUAAUGCUUUGUUCCUGACAAUUACUUAGGUGAACUUAAACUCCAUCUGCCCUUGAGGUUUUUAUCAUAAAACCAGAAAUGUAUUAUAACAAGGCAUAUUGUAAUAUAUAUAAUCCUGUACUCAUUACUAUGUCUGUCAGUUUAUUUUUUCUUGGAUUGAAAUGUACUAAAAUUCAAUGUGACAUUAAAAUGCAAAUUUUCUAUUUA